AUGACUGUCACCAGGACGCAGUCCGGCAAGACGCCGAGGAAGACUGAACAUCCGGGCUUUGUCGAGACGCCUGCGCCACGACGUCGAGUCACUCGCAAAUCCGGCCUAGCAUCCCUGCGAACCGACGAUUCUGAUGCGCAGGACUCAUCCACUGGCCAAGAGGACGAGCCAACACGUGCAUUACGCAGUACUCGCAAGUCAUCCCACAGGAAUCUUCGAUCGUCGUCUGGCGAGCCCGAGGAGACUGCCAACGGAUAUGCCAAUGGUCACGUCAAGACGAAUGGUCAUGCGCUUCCUAACGGGCAUCCGAAGGACGAAGGCGCGGUAGAGGGAGUUCCUGUUGCAAGAGAGUUGAUUCCAGGCAAGAUUAUAGAUGGCUGGAAAGUUGGGUCUUCACCAAAAAUCGACUAUUCGGGCCACUUCGAAUUUGGCGGAUCAUAUGGAGUCACGGCCCUCAUGAUCGGCUUCCCUACUUUGAUGUACUAUAUGUGGAUAGGAGCCACUUACUACGACGGCAAGCCUCCGAUGCCGAGUGAAGGGCAGUCAUUCGGCAACUUCGUGAAGGAGAUGGGUUAUCUGGCAUAUACUGGUGCUUACCCAUCCUUGAAGGCUUGGACGAUGUACUGGACAUUCUUCCUUGUUCAAGCGGCUUUCUACUGCCUCAUGCCUGGCGUGUGGACCAAAGGCAAACCGCUUGCCCACGAGAACGGCAAAAGGCUCGAUUAUUAUUGUUCUGCCGUCUGGUCGUGGUGGGCGACGAUCAUCAUCGCGUGCGUGCUCCACGUCACGGGUCUGUUCCCACUGUACACUAUCAUCGACGAGUUUGGGCCCAUCAUGUCCGUUGCUAUCAUCAGUGGUUUCGUUGUUUCGAUCAUCGCAUACAUUUCUACAAUCUGGCGCGGCAAACAGCACCGCAUGACAGGCAGUCUCAUGUACGAUUUCUUCAUGGGUGCGGAAUUGAACCCUCGCAUGUUCGGCAUCCUUGACUUCAAAAUGUUCUUCGAGGUGCGGAUCCCCUGGUACAUUCUAUUUCUCACAACUCUUGGUACAGCUGCUCGCCAAUACGACCGGUACGGGUAUGUCUCUGGCGAAAUAGGACUCCUGUUACUGGCUCAUUUCCUGUAUGCGAACGCUUGCAGCAAAGCGGAGGAGCUCAUUGUCCCUACCUGGGACAUGUAUUACGAGAAAUGGGGCUUCAUGCUCAUUUUCUGGAACCUGGCAGGUGUGCCAUUGACUUAUUGUCACUGUACGCUGUGGUUGGCGAACCAUGAUCCUGCAACGUACCCAUUGAACAAGUGGGUUGUGGCAGCGUGGUACGUUGCUUAUCUCUUCGUGUACUGGGUGUGGGACACCUGCAAUGGCCAGAAGAAUCGUUUUCGUGCCAAUGAGCAUGGUGGGCGCGUCUUUCGAAAUGCUUUCCCCGUCCUACCGUACCAGUACAUCGAAAACCCAAAGACGAUCACCAGUGAGGAUGGCGAUACCAUCCUCGCUGACGGCUGGUACGGAAAAGCUCGCAAAAUCCACUACACCUGUGACUUUUUCUUCGCCAUGACCUGGGGCGCUGUGACAGGGUUUAAUUCACCUUUCCCGUGGUUCUAUCCUGUGUUUUUCACAGGUAUGAUCAUACACCGCGCCAUCAGAGACAUCCAGCGGUGUCGCAGGAAGUAUGGCAAGGCUUGGGAGCAGUAUGAGCGGGAGGUGCCCUACUUGUUUAUUCCUAUGGGCCUCAACAUCAUAAUCGCCGGCGCCGGCCUAGCAGGCUGCACGACCGCCAUCGCGCUGCAAUCCUCCGGCCACAACGUCACCCUCUACGAGCGCCGCGACGCCCUAUACGACAACACCUCCACGCACAGCGGCAUCCAGAUCCAGCCCAAUGGCGUUGCCAUCCUCAAGCGCUUGGGUAUGAUUGAUGCGACUGGAGAGACGAUUGCGUUGGUGAAUUAUAAUCGGAGGGGUGGGACGCGGUGGGGUGCAAGGCAGAAGUUGAAGGAUGCGUUUGUUGGGGAGGCGCGGCGGAGGGGUGUGCCGGUGCAUAUUGGUGUUGGGGUGGUGGGUGUGCGUGAGAGUAAGGAGUCUGUGACGGUUGAGUUGUCGGAUGGGAGCACGCAGACGGCGGAUCUGCUGGUUGGUGCGGACGGGACGUGGAGUCGGAUUCGGAAGGGUAUGUUUCCGGACUUUCAGCCGAAUGUGCUGGAUGCGGUGAUAUGUCAGGUUCAGGUCCCAGGAGACGUGAUUAAUGAGGAGCCGCAUAAAGGGUUCAUGAACCGUGCGAAGGGGGCUAUCUCGGCUUGGCCGUCGCCAGGACGGUCUGCUCUGACUUCUGUGUCGCCGCAUACGGGGUUGUUUGAGUUGCAGGCGAUUGACAGCACGUGGACACUCGAGUCAGACGCGGAGCCUGAGAAGCGGUUAGGGUGGUGUGAUGAUGUCCAGCGGAUUCGCGAUCGGUGGUCGGACCAUCCGCUGGCGUUCCGGGCGCUGCUGGAUAAGGCGGAGCGGUACUAUAAGUGGCGGUUGGUCGAGGUGGCGAAGAUUCCAGCGUGGUCGUCCGCAAAGGUCGAGGGGCGUUACGGAAGGACUCUGCUUGUGGGAGACGCAGCGCACGGCAUAUCCCCGCAAGCCGGGCAAGGAAGUUCGCUUGGUAUGGAGGAUGCUGUCGUGCUUGCUGAGCUGCUCUCACCGCAAUACCUGGGCUUGGGGAGGCAAGAGGACAUCAAGCGUGCAGUGACAAUGUUUCAGGCGAUCCGCAGACCGCGCUGCGAAGUGAUGCGCAUACUCACCAACGCAAUCGGGAAAGGCUGGGUAGCGGAGCAUCCGAAGAUGAUUCAGGCCAUAAGGAAGACCUAUGGUGUUUUGGCCGCAUCGGAGUGCUAUCAGGACGUGAGGCCGGACCACAAGGCUCCCUUCCAUACACCACCAUUUCAGAAGUGGUUGGACGUAUACGAUGAGCGAGAAGUGGUAAGAGCAGCGUGGAAAAAGGAGAUGGCGCGGAGUGGUCGUGGUGAGAAAGGAGAGGCGAGGCUGUGA